CUCUCGCGGUGCUAGCCCCGCUUCCAGACCGGCCACUUUCCCUCCAACCUUCGGCAAAAGAAGGCGCUCCUCGAACUUUCCGCACAAGCGACUGCCGAACGGCAAAAACUUGGAGAAAAGAUUCGUUCCGAGGAAUUUGAACCUGGGAACGAGAGCAAGAUGGCCGCCGCUACACUUCAGACGAUUUUGGUCGCCUUGAUGUUGAUUUCUGCAAGUCAGGCUAUGCCCACAUGUAGCAGCACCUCGACAUGUUCAAAGGACCAGUUCUGUCUCCGGGGGUCGUGUCAGACGGUGCCGUGUGACGAGGACCGGGACUGUCGGUACCUGGACAUCGGAGUGGAGGCAACAUGCGACACGACCACUCCGCAACAGGACCACAAGGGGCACUGUGUACACUCGGGCAGUAAUGCUGUAGAGGCACCGAAGAUGGAACCAGCCCCUAGAACAUCACAGCCGUAUUAUCCUCCCGGUGCCAACCCGUAUCCGUCCCCAUAUCCAUAUCCGUCACCUUCCCCGUCGCCGUAUCCAUAUCCGUCACCUUCCCCGUCGCCGUAUCCAUAUCCGUCACCUUCCCCGUCGCCGUAUCCAUAUCCGUCACCUUCCCCCUCGCCAUAUCCAUAUCCGUCCCCAGCACCAGCACCAGUGCCGUCCCCAUAUCCAUAUCCGUCACCAGCACCAGCACCAGCACCAGUGCCGUCCCCGUAUCCAUAUCCGUCCCCCUCACCGUCCCCGUAUCCAUACCCGUCCCCGGCGCCGUCUCCAGUGCCGUAUCCGUAUCCGUCUCCAGCGCCGUCUCCAGUGCCGUAUCCGUAUCCGUCCCCUUCACCGUCGCCGUCCCCGUAUCCGUAUCCUUCGCCGUCUCCAGUGCCGUAUCCGUAUCCCUCCCCGGCACCGGCACCAGUGCCGUAUCCGUAUCCGUCCCCCUCGCCGUCACCAGUGCCGUAUCCGUCGCCGUCACCAGUGCCGUAUCCGUAUCCAUCCCCGUCACCAGCACCAUCAUCGAGCCACACUGCCACGGUGUACUGUAGGACCAACGCUGAGUGUUCUUCGGUAGCCGGCACGUACUGCAUCACCACUUGGCAUACGGACAACGAGCAGCUCAAGUACGGUUUCUGCGGGACGGGCAGAAGUUCGCCAGUGUCGUACCCGUACCCUAACCCGGCCCCCGCACCACAACCGUCUCCUGUCCCGUACCCGUAUCCAGCGCCGGCCCCGUACCCGUACCCGUCCCCGGUCCCUGCACCGGUACCAGCACCGGCCCCGUAUCCAUACCCGUAUCCGUCUCCAGCGCCGGCACCGUCCCCGGUACCAGCACCAUACCCGUAUCCGUCCCCGUAUCCAGCACCGUAUCCGUACCCGUAUCCGUCCCCGGUUCCAUCACCUGUACCAGCGCCGGCACCUUCGCGAUGUUAUAGUGAUUCCGAUUGCAGUUCAGGCAUGUACUGCUCUACAGCAGAUGGAGGGGUUUGUUACCCUAUGCUGGCACCUAUUUCAGUACCAGUCGCUUCUCCAGCUUCUAACCUUAACUCCCUGCUGAUGUUCUGUUCUUCUGAUGCCGGGUGUGGAGCGGGGUACCGCUGUGAGAAACCGGCCGGGCUCUCCUACGGCUACUGCGUCGGCUCAACCGACUACUCGUACUACAAGUCCGGGAAAGCAGAACUCCCAGAGAAGCAGCUAGCUGAAGACAACAAGGAAGAAACAGCUGAGCAGAUAAAAAUAGAUAAGAAAGAAGAAUAGUUGCACUGUUCAUGUAUGUAGUUUAGAGUUUCAUGUCUAUUCGAAGUAGUUAAUUAGUAUUUCAUAAAUGCACUCAGCAUAAUCAUAUGUAAUUGCGUAUCAGUGAUUAAACAUUGAUAUCAUUGCUGAAUACGUGUAGUUGAUUUUCAUUGCUCCUUACUCUUUACUGCUAGUACAUUAUUAGCUUGUGUCAUUGUAAUGAGUAUGAUAUAAUUAAGCAUUGUUGGAUUCUAGAUUUGCUAUCUGUUAGUAGUGGGUAUGUAUCAUUGUAGAAAGCGUAAACUUGUGUGAUUCGCAGUGUAGUUUUCUAAGAACACUAGAAAACUUAACAUUCGCUUGUUCAAGGUAUAAAACCUAUGGCAAAUAUAAAGGAGUAAUAAUGCCAUGAUUAUCAUAUCUAGAUCUCAAUGCUUGAUACUGGAGAUAUUUGGCACCGUUGCAAAAUAUGCGAAUAUUUAUAUUUCCCUGGUAGCUAAAGAAAUAUACCCUCUGGUGCCUUGUAGCGAUAUGUGUAUUGUCAUUUUUUAUACCUCAUACUAGUAUAU